CAAUGUUUGCCGUCUCAUUUGUGUUAUGUUUAGUGACAGAAACCGUCCCAUAAAAUGCACGAGUGCCUCUUUUAUUGUGUUCCAAUUCCACUGCAUCUUUCAGCAGCAUAACUGAUUGUUCUUCAGAUUGUAAUAAGGCAUUGGGUUACACUUGUACACUUCCCUCUGAAGGGGGCACUUGAGAUGAUCCUUUAUUGCUGUGGCAAGAAUACCAAGGCAAGGUUUAUAUGACAGCAGAAGUGUGAUGACAGCAAUGUAGCGUCAAGGGAAUAUCGGAGAGGUUUAGACAGGAAAUGGAAAUAUGGUACCAAUGUAACAGGAAAUGGAAAUAUGGUACCAAUGUAACCGGAAAUGUUUUUCAAAUGACUGGCGUUAAUUUCAUCUGAGUAACAAAGUUGAGCAACAAAAUUACCACCACCCCCCACCCUUCCUCCCGACACAUGUGCAGAGAGGCCAGAAGCUUUGACAGGCUUCAGAAAGUGUGCAUGCUCUACUGAUAUGAUAUUCUGUGUGCAGUGACAUCAGCACCAGUGCAUGUCCAAACUGUCCCGCCAUGGAAUUGUGCAUGUCGUUAGAAAUCUGCCAGUUAAUGAUGUAAAUGCACCUAUGCCGUUAAUCGCGUUCAAAGAUCAGAGAGAAUUGGUUUCUGGGAGUUCCAAAUUUUCCCGGAAAUUCCAAGUUGGUUGUUUACUUCUUUAUCUUUACAUAUUCAAAUGCAGAAAAUAUUUGAAGGAGAAAGUCAAGGCCUGUCCGCCAGCACUGCGAGCACCAACCCACUCAGAUAAGAUAACCCGUGUGCGGACGGUACUGAAUGAGCAGCAGCUGCUCACAUUACGGACCUGCUAUGCUGCAAACCCCCGACCGGAUGCACUCAUGAAGCAACAGCUGAUGGAGAUGACAGGGCUCAGCUCAAGGGUUAUCAGGGUCUGGUUUCAAAAUAAACGGUGCAAAGACAAAAAGAAGAGCACAAUGCCGAAGCACACGGACCAGUGUGACAGGAAUAAAGCAGAUAUUCAGGGGUUAGUUGGAACUCUGAUGAUAGCUACCAGUCCAUUACCACAGAAAGUCGAUUUGCAGUGCAGCCCUGUUGAGGUGCAGAGAUACUGGCCACCAUGGGAAGACCUUAGUGACCUUACACUACAGGUUUUUCUGGAAGAAGAUCACGCUUCAUUUGCAGUAGUAGUGUUGAAGUGUCACCUCUUAGUUGUCAACCUUCUGACACAACAAACAGUGAAGAAUCUCAACCAUCAGACCUCUGAUAUCGCCUGUUUCCAGCUAUAUGUCAACUCAUCGCUGAAAAAAACAACUGGAUGGACUUCAAAUUUGAUUUUUGCUAUAAGAUGAAUGAGAUCUUCAUACUGUUCUUGGCAGAUCAAAAGUUUAAUUAAAAGACAAUAACUUUGCUGUCAUAAAAUGUAAGGAUAGACCCCCAUGCCAUUAAGAAAAAUUUAAAUGAGAUCAAUGCAAUAUUCAAAGCUCAUUCAUUCCAUGCUGAGUAAUAGUCAAACUAAUAUUCUAUACGAUCUAAACCCUAUUCCACUUCCCAAGUCUCCAAUUUUGCAUUCACUUAGUGCAUGCUUUCAUUGACAACCAAUAAUAGUAAUUACAAUCCAUGAAUGAAGUAUAGGUCAAAUAGAUGGUACAAAUAGUUUAGCAGAAUACUGUUAACUAAUCAAAAAAUCAAGAAUGUGAAAUGUAACAGCUUUGAUAAAUGUCAUAAGACUGCUUCAGUGAGCUAAUGUUUUCAAUCAUAAGUGAUUAGACAAUAUCAUAUGCAUUUGAAUUUAAAAGUGUAAAAGUGUUGAAAUGUGUACAAUUCUGAAGGAGCUUGACAGGGUUGACGAUGAGAGGAUGUUUUCUCUCGUGAGAGAAUCUCAAACUAAAGGUUGCUGUUUAAAAGGGCCUUCCACUGAUGACAAA